GGAGUGAAUUGCGUCAUGAAUGACAGCCAAUCAGCUCCCAGCGGUUCUCGAGAGGUUAAAGGUCGUGAGCUGGGCCUGUUUUCAUUCUUGCAAAACAGCGCAUAGGUGCAGCAGGGCAACGGCAGGGUUUUAGGACUGGGAGAUUGUUCAAGUGAUGUCUUUGUAAAUCGACACUGCGGCGAAGACCGGAAUUGGGAACAUCGACAAUAGGACACGCUAGCAUUUCAGGAUGAAUGAGACCGAUGGUUUGCGGUACAGGAGGUUGAAUAGACCUCAGGUGAUCACAGAUGAGUCCCAGGAGCCCGAGCACAAGAGUACAAGCACCUACAGCGGGAGAGUGUUCCGCCUGACUCUGCUCACACUGGCCGCCUUGCUGCUGGUCCCUCUCCUGGUGGCCAUCCUCCUGCUGGAGUCGCCCAUCCAGCCUCAGCGUUUGAGCUUUAGUGAACCUCCCCUCAUGUCUGGCUGUUUGGAGCCAAACUUUAAGCUGAGACAAGCGGAGAGGUUAUUUGAAGGCCAGCUGAUUGGGCCAGAGUCCAUUGCCAAUAUAGGAGAUGUCCUGUAUACAGGAACCGCAGAUGGGAAAAUUGUCAAAAUCGAGGGCAAUACCAUCCAUGUUGUAGCAACACUGGGGCGACCUCCUUGUGGGUCUCGAGACGAUGAGCCAACCUGUGGACGACCCCUGGGGAUUCGAGUCGGACUGAAUGGCACCCUCUUCGUGGCCGAUGCCUACCUGGGACUGUUUGAAGUCAAUCCAGUCACAGGGGCUGUGGACACACUGGUGUCAACCAGGAACCCCGUGGCGGGCCGGCGCCUGUCCUUCGUGAAUGACCUGGACGUCACCCGCGACGGCAGGAAGAUCUUUUUCACAGACUCCAGCAGCAAGUGGCCGCGGAGGGAUUACUCUUACCUCAUCAUGGAGGGCACCGAUGAUGGCCGCCUCUUGGAAUAUGAUACGGUCACCAGGGAGGUCAGUGUUCUCCUGGAUGGCCUGAGGUUUCCCAACGGAGUCCAGUUAUCUCCCAAUGAAGACUUUGUGCUGGUGGCAGAGACAACUAUGGCAAGGAUACGCAGGUGUCAUGUGUCCGGACUGCAGAAAGGAGGAAUGGAAACGUUUGCAGAAAACCUUCCUGGUUUUCCCGACAACAUCCGCAGAAGCAGUUCGGGGGGUUACUGGGUUUCCAUGUCAGCUGUGCGCCCUAAUCCUGGCUUUUCCAUGCUGGACUUCUUGGCUGAUAAGCCUUGGGUUAAAAAGAUGAUUUUUAAGAUCCUCAGUCAAGAGGUCUUGAUGAAGUUUGUGCCGAAGUACAGCCUCGUGGUGGAGCUGAGCGAGAGUGCGGCCUGUAAGCGGAGCUUUCACGAUCCCCACGGCGUUGUGGCGACGUACAUCAGCGAGGCCCACGAGCACGACGGCCACCUCUACCUGGGCUCCUUCAGAUCUCCUUUCCUGUGCAGGCUGGACCUCAGUCAGAUGACAGAAUCACAGCACUGAGAGAAGUUCUCAUUCCGACAGGAGCCGAGUCAGCUGCGGUCAGACAGGCAAGGCUUUCUGAAGCCCAUGAAUAUCAUCUGCGUGUGUCCUGGGGGCUGUAGCAGUAAUGCACGGCUAUGAAUACAGGAAAUGACAGGGCUUCAGAAUUAAAGUAUGCUGUGAGAAGAAAAUGUUUUGCAUCACAAAGUUUAAGAAUGUUUUUCAACAUUUAGUUGUCUCUGUUUAUUUUAGUAGACUUUAUUGAUAAUUGCAUAAUUCAAUAAUAAAUGAGCCUUUUUUGAAUGGUUUAUUGUCACUGCUGCCUCACAGCUCUUGGUUCCUGAGUUUAAUUCUGGCCUUCUGUGUGAAAAAGUGGCUCCAUGGGUUCUUGAUGGGCACUCUGUUCACCUCCCAGUCCGGAGAGCUGUUCUCUAGGUUAACUGGUAUCUCUGAAGUGUCCCAAACAUAUGUGAGAGUGUGUACCCACAUGCAAACUCUUGAGUUGUAAGUGCUAAAUAUCACAUGAAAAGAAUCCAAGAUAGAAGUAUCUAUCUUUAAGAUCUUUCUGCUACACUGAUUGCUGAUGAUCUGUGCUGUUUUUAACCGUGACCUUCUUUUUAGACUGAUUACUGAUACCGAUUGUGAAGCAAUAUGUUUGUAUGGUGUGUUGAUUUAUCUCAUAAUAUCCCAACUCCACGAGGAGGGGUGAGCCCGGGGACGACUUCACUGGAUCACUUCAGACUAUUUUGGUCCAAGAGCUCACUAUGUCAGUGACAGGGUACUUCCGUGAGGGUGAUGACUGUAUUCGAUAUUAAAAGGGAAACUGGGCUUUGGUCAUUAUAAGUCCAUGCCAAAGAUGAGCAACAUUGGCACUGUAGCUUACUAGCAGAGAUCUGGGUUUUGCAAUAGUAAAAAAAUCAAAGGCAAAGAUAGAGGAAGACACAUUGAAAACAACCCAGAGGUACGGAUACCAAAUGUUUUGGUAUUUUCAUGUGGGUUUCCUCCCGCAGUCCAAAGACAUACUGGUAGUCUUCUGGCAAAAAGCCAUACCUGGAAUGAGUGUGUGUGUCUGUGUGCCCUGUGAUGGACUGGUAUGCUGUCCAGGGUGUACCCCUCCUUGCUCCUGUUGCUUGUUGGGCUAGGCUCAGUCGACCAUGUCCUGGAUAAAGAGGUCAGAAAAUGGAUGGAUGGAUAUUUUCAUUGAAUAUAUCUUUCUUGGAGCUACAUUCUCAUCUGGGUGUUUCAACAUGCCUGGAAUUUUCUUGGAGUCAAUAUCCCAUCUUUAGAAGUAUGUUUGGAGCCUAAUUUCAAAGAAUCUCUCACUAACCGACUUGAUCAUUUUAGGAUUUGGGAGCUGUAUGAUAAAACCCCCUUUUAUCGGUAUUAGUCAUGUAUAAAGGUUGUUGUGAGAAUUGGUUUGCUGACUUUUACAAUUUAGAGUAAGUCCAUUGAAAUUAAACCAAAGCCUACAUUUUAGAUUAUUUUUUUUAAGUGGUGAGCUUAAUUAAAACCACAUUAGCCAUUAUUUCAUUAAUUUAAAUUAGCCAGAUUUAUUGUGGAAUUAUU